UCCCAUGUCCCAGCUACGCCUGUCGUCGACAUCCAAAGGGCCUGGGCGACGCCCUCGAACAAAUCGUCUCGGAUCCAUCAGCUCUGGCAUCGAUGGCCACAUCGAGGUCCGGCGGGCUUCUGCCUCUAGUGCUUCCAAGGUUCAACGAACUUCGAAAACAUCACAGAAACUUGUCGUCCUACCGUCUGCACCCCAAACGAAACUUUUACAAGCGGACAACGAUGAAGACUUGACGCUAGGCUAUGAGACAGAUGCUGGUAUCACAGUGCGCGAGUACAAGAGCGAAGCGGAGCGGAUGUCAAAGGAGCAGCGGCAUCGAGCAGGGUACAAACGGUUGACGGCGUACUGUGUGGCAGAAGUAUUCAAUAUGAAGCUCCUGACGUCGUACUUGAAGCGCGAGCACAACGUUUCACCCCGUAUAUUUGAUGAGGCCAUGUAUGCGAUGUACCAUUUACCUCUCUUGCCGGGAUACGGACCUAGCUCCAACAUUCGAUCAUCUGCAUUCGCCAGUAGUGAUGCCAGCAUGAACAUACAGACCCGUCUCUCGGAAGCAGAGGAAAAUGGAUACCAAGGAACGUAUUUUCCCCAUAACGCAGCAAAUUCUUCAUCGCCCAAUCGCGACGGCUACAUCUUAUCAUCACCAGUCAUGGCGCGUGGAGCCUACGAAAUGGAGAUAUCCGAGGCAGAGCAUACCACUGUACAGUCAGAUACCGAGCGUGAGGCAGAAUCCCCUGAGGUCCGAUUCGUGAAGCCGCCAGAGCAAACCAUUAAUACCGAUGACGUAGCUGAGGUCGUGUUUUUUGAGUACGGCGUGGUAGUAUUUUUCGGCCUGGAUGAAGGGCAGGAAAGGAACAUACUAGAAGAUAUCGAGAACGCCAAAAUCAUGGAUAGGAAGAUUACAGAGGUCCAUUGGGAGGUCGAGGAGUGCCAUUUUGCAUAUGACACUCAUAUUGCUUACCCUCGAAUAUACAAUGACUUCUUCACGCUUAAAUCACGCUCUCACCUACUCAAAUUGUCCAUUGCUCAUGCUCUCGCGCAAUCUACCCUUCUCGCACGCUACGAGACAAAUGCACAACGCGUACUCUCAUCACCUUCGACGCUCUCCAUACCUAAACAGCUUGCUGAAUCGGGAGCUUUACAACUGCGACGAAACGAAGCAUUGAAGCUCACAGGUCGAUUGUUCAAGCUGAGACGGGAUAUAAACUUGGUUUCCAACGUGCUUGACGUGCCAGAGCUGUUCUGGGACGAAGCGAGCUUGAAAGGGCUCUAUGAUGCGGUGCGGGAAUACAUGGAGAUUAAAGGCCGUGUACAGGUGCUGAAUGAGAAGCUGGGCAUCGCGAGUGACUUUCUGGACGCCAUUCAUGAGCAUCUCAAUAAUUCGGCGAUGGAGCGCAUAACAUGGAUAGUGAUAUGGUUGAUUGUAGUGGCUAUCAUUGUAGACUUGGGUGAAGUAGUCGCGCGCCUGAUCUUCCACGCUGCUCUAGACAAUAAGCCAACUCUGUUCACGUUGGCACCAGUGAUAUCCAAAGAGGAGGUGCUCUACACUCUGGACAGGAUGGCUUCAAAUUGAAUGUUUAGCAUAUCGGUUGUUUACUUACUGUGUGAUGUAUGUAUCUUAGGCUGCAUCAAUCAAGAUGGGUUACAUUAUUACCGCCCG